UACGUGGCAACCCAGAGGGCUCUCAGCUGAUUUUGAUGUGGCAAACAGUUCUUGACUUGAUAGCGGUGUAUUUUUUAUUUAGGGCAAGUAAAUUUUUUUUUUCGACAGGAAUUGAAAGUUGUUCCUAUUGAAUCAAAUAAUAUAUAUUCCGGCUUCAUGUGAAACUAUGAACUACUCUCUGCUACUCCUUGUCUCCUUCGUGUUCGUGCCUUAUAUUCAUGGCACAAUAUCGGACUGGAGAUUGUGUGGUGAUCCAGAAUGUCGGGGAGCUUUGUCUUCUGGGGUUGCAUCUGUGGAUUACAAUAGUAUCGAACCUUUGGUAUUAUCCUUCAAAGCAGGAGAUGAAGUUAUAAUUUACAGCAAAGAAGCAGGUCAAAAUAAAGAGUUAUGGGGUGCUGAGGUGCGAGGUAAAAGAGGAUAUAUCCCUAAAAGGCUGAUAAGAGAAAUGAGGAUGUUUCAACGAAAUCCCAGCCACACUGUACCAACAGAAUUAGUCCACCCAUCUGCAAUGCAGCCACCCAAUAGCCAAUCCACUUUCAUUCCCCAGCAACUUCAACAACAACCUCAACAGCAUCCUCCACUGCAUCCUCAACUGCAGCCUCAACUGCAGCAAGGUGGACCACAGGGAAAUUACAAUCCUUAUCAGCAGCCUCCUCCUCCACACAUGAAUCCUCAAUUCCACAAUAAUAACAUACUGCCAAAUCAGCCUGUUCCAAUCCAGCACACUCCUCAGUUGUCUGUGCCCCAACAGCCUAUGCCCCAGCAGCCUGUUCAACAGCAACCAAAUCUAUUGCCACAACCAUCAAUGCAGGCUGUUCCUCUUACUACAACCACAGCAGCCAGUACUACUACUACUACUCUCCCUGCUGAAGCUCAAGUACCGAGUGAGAUUAAUCAAGUUGUUGGCAUCCAAGAUCCAGUUCCAGCAGAUGUCAUGUCAUCCGAAGAACCACCUGUUCCUAUUCAGUCGCCAAAAUCGUCUGUUACUGUAGAAGAUGUAAAAAGCGGAAACGAAAAUGAAGACGACGUUGGCGAAGAUGAAGAAGGCGAAGAAAUUGAAGAAAUUGACCCGAACGAACAGACAGAAGACGAAGUUGAUGACGAUGAUUUCAUUUUGGAGAAGACGCCAACUGAUCAGCUCUCAUUGGAUAUUAAAGAAAUCGAUCCGGAGAUCCAAGAAAACCUUGAUCCUGUGACCGAAUCCGUUAAGACACCUACCAUCGAUCCAGUGAUUGAAAUCGUUGACUUGCAUGGUGUGAAUAGCUCACCGAUUCAUGCCCCUCACAUCCGUUCACUAGAAGAAAGCAUCGAUAAUCCCCUUGUGAUGAAUAAUGAGCAAUCGACUGUCGUUGAAACGCCAAUCUCCAACAAGUCAGAGUUUAUCGAAGAAAGCCAAGGUCCUGGUAUUGUUGUCGAGACGAUUCCGGAAGAGGAAAACGUGACCCACGAUAGUGUGCGUGAUACUUUUGACGAACCACGGGCAAGUAACACUAUCGCUGAAGAAGAUGGGAAUGCAUCACAGCCUCUGAAUUGGUUACAAGAUGGUCAAUCCGAGCCCGUGAUCGAAACCCUAUCGACCGACAACGAAGUGAAAAAUGUCGUUGUUAGUUCUCCGAUCAGUGAUGAUUUGGAGCAGUUUAAUGAAACGAAUGGGGCUGAUAUCGUUCCUGCUUCUGAAACUGUAGUCGAAUCCAUAACGCCCGGCUCAGAAACGUUGUUGAAUUCUGAAAUCGUUGUCAGCACGGAAAUUCCACAGACCCCAUUAGAACCUACGGAACCGGUCAAUCUUCUUUCUGUCCCAGAACUUGUCCAAGCUGAUGUCAAUUUAAACCAACAACCAACUGAAUUACCUGCAGAUAAAGAAAAGAUAGAAACUGUACAAGAGCUUUUGCCGAAUAAAGAAGAUCUUCUGUCUGAAGAGAUUAAACCAGCCGAGGAGCCACAGCAGGCGACGGAAGAAAUUUCUCAAGAACCUGUUACACCAUCCACUGAUUUGAAUCCCGAAAGUUUGCCCGUCGAUUUGAAAACAAUUUCCGAAGAUAAUAAAUCACCUAGUCCUGAGGGCUCUGGUGGUGGUUUCAUUGAUUCAGCAUUGAAUUGGUUAGGAUUAAGCGAUACCGACGAGCCUCUCAAGACAGACCAAGUUCCUGUCGAGACAACGGAUCCAGCUCCUUUACUUCAGCAGAUCGCUUCAAUGGAUCCAACUAGCAAUCAAGAAGUUGAACCCGCGCCAAAAGAGGUCGUUCCCAAAGUUGAAGAAGUCAACGGUUUUUGCGAUACUCAAGAUUGCGCAAAACUGGUGGAUGGACCAGAUGUCACGCCGAAAGUCGAUAUCCACAUUCACGACGUACAUGCUGGGGAUGCCGGUCACGUUCAUCUACAAAAUCAAAAAGAGCAUCAUCAUAAUCACGACGACCAUCAUCAUGAUCACACUCAUGAUAGUCACGAUAGCCAUGAUCAUCAUCAUCACGAAAAUGACGGUCACGAUCAUCAUGGACAUGGACACGGACAUGGACAUUCACACAUUCCUGGAUACAUUCCGGGUUUUGGCCAUCACUACAAGCCUCCAGUUGCAAAACCACAGGUCGUGCCUCCACCGAGUGAGAUUCCGACACCACCACCACCACUUCCGACGAUAGUAGAGAUUGUCCCGGAGAAAUUUCCGGAACUGCAGCCAGCCCCGGAACUACCUACUCCGCCCCCUGUUGUAGAAGAGUUCAAUCCUUUGCCUCCGGCAGUCGUCGAGCACUUGAACCAGCCGGCUUCCGUUUUGGAACAAACCCCCCCGCCAGCUGUGGGAUCUGUGCCAGAAGAAGUUCCUGCGAAGGAGUCGACUGUGCCAGAAUACAUUCCAGUUGAAGAGAUCUUUCGCCAGGAAAUGGAGAAAAAUCGACUGCUGCAGGAGAAACAACAACAGCAGGAACAAAAUGGCGACGGCAUGUUUGAUUGGUUAACGGUUUCUUUUACGAGUUUGUUAACGUCUUUGAACGACGCGGAAUCCUUUGAUGGAGUUUCGAAAACAAGUCUCUAUCCAGCACUUGUGGUGUCGGUGACAACCGUGGUGUUUCUGAUGCUCUACUACUCGGUGCAAAACAAAUCGGUCGAAAAGUUGCUCAAAGCCCGAAUCAGUUUGCUGGACUCUCAGCUGUACGAGAGCCAAUCGGCGAACGAAGACAGUAGCAGCGCUCAAACGAAAUUGUCCGAGUACGAAAUGAAUGCGGCCGAAUUGCGGAGCCAAAAAGAACAGGCGGAAGCUGACAAGGUUGCCUUGAGUCGUCGGCUGGCCAGCUUGGAGAAGGAGCGCGAUUCACUAGAAAAGGAAGUCGAAUGCGCCACUGAAUCGGCCACCGAGGCCAACCGAAUGUUGGAAGAGCUGUUGGCGUCGCAGUCGGAAAAUGACCAGUGGCAGCGAUCGGUCGAGGUACUCCAGCAGCAGCUCAACAGACAGCAGCAGACGAUGGAGAGCCUGAAUUCCAGCCUGUGCGUCAAGUCGGCGGAGAACGAGACCCUGGUCGAGGAAGUCGAAGAGCUCCGCACAGAGUCGGAGCGCUACAAGGUGCGCAUCAAGACACUGCAGGGCGAUCUUGAAAAUCUCAAGACGUCUAAUCGAAACUACCAGCAGAAGAUGGCGCAGGAGGGCGCCGAAUUGAUGAAACUGAAGCAAGACAAGGAAGCCUGGGUCAGUGAGCGUCGUUCGCUGAGUAGCCAGAUCAAUCGGCACGCCAAAGAAGUCGAAGAAUGGCGAGACAAGGCCGAGCAACUCAAAAAAUCCAUCAAAGCAAAGGAGAACGAUCUUGCCAAGUCGAUUGAGUUGCUCAAACAGUCUGGCAACGAUAGCCCGACUGUCUUGCAAUUGACGUCGCUCGUUCAGCUGGAAUCGGAGCUAAACGAAGCGAAUCAAACUGUCGAGAGACUUACACAGGAGGUCAACGCUCAUUCGGAAGAGAGUCGGCGGUUCGAGACGGAAAAGGCCGACAUCCAGCAACGACUCUCGGAGUUACAAUCCACCUGUGAGGCUGCAGUCAAAGAUAAACGCGAAGCCGAAACUCGAUUGGAGGUAUUGACGAACUAUUUCAAAGAGAAGGAAACUCAGUUGCACAAGGAAUUGGGUACCCACGAAGCGAAACGAGCCAUCACCGAGGGGAACGUCAGCGAGUCAGUCAAAAAGAUACUCGAAACGGAGGAGAGCCUAACGCUGUACAAGUCACAGGUGGAGACGUUGACAAAAGAGAUUGAAGAACAGGAGAGGAGCUACAAGUCUCGACUAGCUACUCAAGAAAAAAGGGCUCACGAGAACUGGGUGGCAGCCCGACAGCUUGAGCGUCGACUAGAUGAGUCGAAGCAGGAGGCCGCCCAGCUGCGUCACCGGCUCACUCAAGUGGAGAAGGAUAAGGAAGCGCUCCUGGUUGCUAAGGAGAACGGUACGGCCAAUGGAGUCGUCGACGUGGACUUAAUCAAGCCCGUCAUCAAGCGUCCGGGUUUGGGGCUGGCCAACAAUGAAGAGCUGACGAUGAUGGAACAUCCGCCACUCUUGUCGCCACCCAUUCCGCCACCCGGAAUGGAGCUCGGUGGUCUAGGUGUACCCCCGCCACCGCCGGGAAUGCCGUUUGAUUCACUGUUCCCUCCGCCGCACUUUAUCCCUCCGGCUCCAUUCAUGCCACCCGAAGCCGGCAUGCUAGCGCCCCUUCACCUGCAUAUGCCUUCCAUUCCUCCGCCUCCUUCGAGUAUGUUGGCCGAUCAUCACCGCCCUCCGCCGCUGGGCAUGAUCGCCACAGGCAGUUUCGACGUCGAUUACCGACGCGACAUGUCAGAUCCUCCGCCGCCUCGGCGCUACCCGUCGCCACCGCGGCGCUAUCCUUCGCCUUUGGGCUCUGAGAGGAGCGUCCGGUCAGAUCGCUCAGAUCGAAUGGAUCGUUACGACGAUCACUUCAGGCCCGUCUCACCGUAUGGCAGACACGGGGGUCACAGGCCACGGUCAGUUGGCCGGAGUCGUGAUGUCUCGCCUGAGCGGCCGCGGAGCUAUUCACCUCUGCCGUCUCCACUCUAUCCUCCCCACACCAAUGUACACUCGCCCCAGGACUGGGAUGACGGACGGGAUUAUAACAGACCACCAAUGAUGCGACCGGGUAAUCCUCGGCAUCCACAAGCAGGUCCGAAAACAUCGUCGCCUCUCAUACAACCCAUGGAUAAUGGUGACCGUCAUCAUAGGCCUCAACCUCAUUGAAAAAAAAACUACAUGUCCUGAAAACUGCUAGUUGUUUCUUCUUGUUUUUCUUAUUCAUUCUGUUUCUAAAAAAGAGAAACGAGGCUUCUUUAAACAAAAACAAAAAGAUGGAACGUUUUAUUUGCGUGUCACUGAUUGAACAACGAAGCUGCUGUUCGAUCCACCCGUAAGAAAAGAAAAAAACAAGACGAAACAAAAAAGCGAAUCGAUGUUAUACGAGUGAAUAAAAAAAGAAUGAAAUACGGAGAAGAGAAGAAUCGAACCCCAAAAAAUUGUUCUGUUUUUUUUUUCUUUUUCCUUCCAUUAUGUGUGUGUCUGUGUCGAGAAAGUUUCAGCAGAUCAACUAGUUACUCAACCAUUUUGGGUUGUGCAGACUCUUUGGCUACUGCAUCACCGUCCAGUUGAGGAGAGAAAAUCCGAGACUGCGUAGAGAGGGGGGAAAGAGGACGGAUGAGGUGAACACAGGAGAUGAAGAACGAUGUGUUGUAUGUUGUUUUUGUUUUGUCCCUUUUCUAUUUUGUUUUGAUUUAUUUCACCUUGAUACUAUUGGUCGUCCACCCUAUCCAUCCCACCGAAUUCAUCGCCCGCCUGGCUUCUCCCCUAUCUCCCUGAGCGGUCGUAAAAGAUAAAUGAAAAGGGGAAGGAGCAACUUGGGUUUAGUGAGAAAAAGGAGCUCCUUUUCAACAUGUCUCAUUGCACGUUGUUUUGGAAAGGAAAAAAAGGCCAAGAAUGUGUUUGCGUUCCAUGCAGUUUGAUUCCCCCGUGAUUGUGUUUCUUGGUCCUCAAAAAAUGGCCUCAAUUGGUUCAAUUACUUUGUAAAACUAAUGAUGUUUCUGUUUAGAAAGUCUCUUUUUUCUCCUGUCACUUUUCUUAUACUCUAUUUCACAUUAUUUUGUGUCCAAAUUUUUUUGCAAGUUGAUUUUCAAUCGUAAAAGUCAUCAAACUUUUCAAUUUAACCACUUGGUGAAUAUUUUGCGAAGAAAGCAACCGGAAACAAAACAAAACAAAAAAAGAACUAAAUAGAAUGAUAAUAUAGUCUUCCA